AUGUUUUCGCAGCUGAAGAACUCUAAAUCUCAUUCCAAAACCUAGAUGCUAUACAAAUUAUUAGAAUAAACAGACCUGUUUUAACUGACAAAAGACAUCAUGGAUAAAGAUUUAAAGGAAUUUUGGGAACUGUGUUAAAAUGCUAAAAGUGAACUUUAAUAUGAUUUUCAAGAAAAUCCAGUACAUAAGGUGCAACUGUUUUUAUUCAAAAUAGAUGAAAUAAUUAACAAUCCUUUCAAUCUACUGAUGAAAUAAAAGAUUAAAAGUCUGCUAAUCGAAUUGUUUGCAUAAGGAACGUAAGUACCUUAAAUUUUUGGUUUUAUUUAAUUCAAAGGGGACAAAGUACUGCUGAAGUGCAGUCUCUCAAUUGAAUAGCAGUUGAAAACUAUGAUUAAAUAAGAUUAAAAAUGCCAACAGAUUGAUUGCUAUUACAAAGAACUUUUAAUGAAUUCAGAAGAACUAUUAAUUUAAAUCACCUUAAAUUAUUUAUAUGAAGCCAUGAUGGAAACAAGUUCGUUACAAUUGAGCAACAAUCAACAAUUAGAUGAAAUUUAUACAAUAACAAGUAAAGUUAAUAAAUAGAAAUUUUCCAAGAAUGGUCAAAAAAUAAUAGAAUUGAUUGAAAAUAUUAAAAAAAGAGUAAGUUCAUCUCAAGAUUAAAUCACAGUGACACAACCUGUUGAAAACAAUAAAAAAGAUCAAUAAAAGGAACAAUAAACACAAAAUAUGGUUAGUACAAAAGAGAAUGGCAAGUAUUUUAUAUUCAAAAUAUUAUUAUUGCUAUUGUUAAAAUAAGAAAUUGCUUUGCCAGACAUAAUCAAAUUGUUUAAAAUUAGUUAUGUAUGCAAAUAAUAAGAUAUGGAAGAUAGGAAAGGCUUCAUUAAGGUUUAUAUCUCUUAAUAGUUGAUAUUUUAAAUUAGUUUGAUGGUCAAAAUUAAAUAAGAUGCAGAAUUAUUGAAAAUAAAUUCAUCACUGUCUUACUAUGAUGAAUCAAGUAUAAGGGCAGUGAAACAAGCAAUUCAAUAGUAUUUUCCAGAAUAUGAAUUCAUAAAAUUCAAUUAAGUGAUCAAAUCUUCAUUAGAACUUUUGUUAAAGAAAUUUGACGAAUACCAAGAGUAGAUCUGUGCUUCUAUGGAAGAUAGCAAUGUAUAAAUUGUAUUGAAGAAGAUCUACAAAAUUUGUGGGAAAUAUUUUUAGAAGAUUGAAGCUGGUAUUCUAACAUUUUAGAAUGCUCAACAAAAGUUUAUGAAGAAUAAUAUGUUAGAAAUAGGAUAUCUACUUUAUUAAAUACAAAUUAAGAUCGAUAAAAAAAAUAAUAGUUAAUCCAUAUUAACAUAUUCUAAGUAAAAUCUGCAAGAACAGAAUAAUGAUUAGUAGAUUAAUUAUUAGAGAUCAAUUUACGAAAAAUAAUUAAUUUAAUAUGGAAUAAUAAAUCCUAUCUUUUUUAAAUUCAUUCAGGAUUUGAUAAAAAAUUAGAUCCCAUUCCCAUAUAUGUUUUAAUUUCUAAAAAUGGGAUGUCAUAGGUUAUUAAUUCAUUAUAGGAUAGAAUCCACUCGGAAAUUGACUUUAAAGAAAAAGUUCAUUCAAUUCGUUAAGCAAAAUUAUGACCUCACUAUGACUGAUGAUAGGUAUAUAAAUGUAGAAUUGUUAAAGACAAUCGACACUGAGAAAUAUGUGAGAAAGGAAGGUCUUGCUUGGCCAUUGCUUUUAUAUGAACAAUGUAAACUUAUCUAUGAGAACCGAGAAAGAUUCAAAAAGAAACUACAAUAAUUAGGAAAUAACAAAGACUUUCAAGAGAUAAUUCAACAAUACGUUGGGUAAUUUGAGUCGAACAGUAUAAAAUUCAAAUUAUAGCAAUAUUUAUUGGAAUUGAAUAAUUAUAUAAAAUAAUUAAACAACUGA